AGGAUGAGCACCAAGUCGCCGCCCACGCUCAUGGAUCUGGCACAAAAGAGCCUGCUGCAGAAGGAGACCCUGGCCAUCCUAGCCCUGGAGCAGCUGCCCCGGCAGAUGUUCCCGCCUCUCUUCGUGGACGCCUUCACCGCGAGACUCAAGGACACGCUGAAGGCCCUGGUGCGGGCCUGGCCCUUCGACACCCUCCCACUGGGGGCCCUGAUGAAGGAGCCACAGCUGGAGAUCCUGAAGGCCGUGCUGGACGGGCUGGACACGAGACCCACACGGAGGUCUGGCUCCAGGAUGUGCAAACUGCAGACGCUGGAUUUACGGAUCAUUCAUGGGGACUUCUGGAGCGCCUGUGUCAGGGGCAUGGACUAUGCCUGCUCUCCAGGCCCUCUGGGUAGGAUGCAGCCGGUGCAGCACGGCCCAAGGCUGAGGGCCAGAUCCGCUGUGAGGGUGAUAGCAAACCUCUGCCUCACCGAGAUAAUGCCCAACGAGUUCCUGGCGCACCUGCUCCAGUGGGUGAAGAGGCGGCGGCACACGGUGCACCUGUGCUGUAACAAGCUGAAGAUUGAAGCGACCUUCGUCUACAGCAUCCACAGGGUCCUGGACGCUCUGGAGCUGGGCUGCAUCCAGGAAGUGAAUGUGCGCUCCCCCUGGCAUCUCUCCACCUUGGCCAGGUUCGCUUUUUACCUGGGCCGGAUGAGCAACCUGCAGAAGCUGUGUCUCUCCCACAUCUGCGUAUCCGACAGCUCCUCCGAGGAGCAGGAGGAGUACAUCUCCCAUUUCAUCUCUCAGUUUCUCAAGCUGCAUCGGCUCCGCAGGCUCCAUAUGAGAGGUGUCAGCUUCCUGCAGGACCGCCUGGACCGGGUGCUCAGGUGCCUGAGCGCCCCCUUGGAGGCUCUGUCCAUAACCAACUGCGUCCUCUCAGAAGUGGAUCUCCUGCAUUUGUCCCAGUGCCCGUUCAUCUUUGAGCUGAGACACCUGUACCUGAGCCGCGUCCCGCUGACCAGCCUCCGUCCCGAGUCCCUCCGAGUGCUGCUGGAGAACGUGGCGGCCACCCUGAAGACCCUGGACUUGCUGGACUGUGAGAUCACCGACUCCCAGCUCAGUGCCCUCCUGCCUGCCCUGAGCCGCUGCUCCCAGCUCACCACCUUUUGUUUCUAUGGGAACAGAUUCUCCAUGGAGAUGAUGGCGGGGCUGAUGCGGCACACCGGCAACCUGAGCAAUCUGAGGCAGGAGCAUUACCCCGCUCCCCUGGAGAGCUAUAACGCCCAGGGGACGGUUCAGCGGGCAAGGUUUAUCCAGCUUUGCCAGGAUCUGCUGGGGAUCCUGAGAGAAAUUCGGGAGCCACAGGGGGUCGUGUUCAGGACCCUCCUCCCCUGCCGGAACUGGGACCCCCGGCUGCAGCCCCGCAGGCAGCUCAGCCUCGCUCCCGCCCUCCGCCCUCCGUGUCUCUCCCUGCUGCUUCUCACCUUCGCGGCCCUGGCUGCGAGCUGGGGACAAGUCGUCCCGGGACUCUGCCUAACGUCGCGCUUCCCCUCCUCUGGAGCUCUGGAGCAUCUGCCCAGGGAAAGUCACCGUCAGCAGCCCGAGGGGCUCAGGAACCGGCCCCGGGGUACCAACAAGCCUGGUCUCAGCGUCAGUGACACCUCCUCCAAGCAGCUCUCCCUGACCACCUCCCCUGUUCCCAUCUUCCACUCUGCUGGUUUCCUCCACGGGACCCACGCAUGA